AUGUCGCUAGUGCUCUUUGUCGCGUGUGUAGCGGUGCACUUGCUCAGCGGCGGCCGUGUGUCGGUGGCGGCGGCCGCCUCGGUGGCGGUGUGGAUGUACUCUCGCCACCGGUUGUUGUGUGAGCCGUGCAACGGCAGCGCCGCCCCCAUGGCGGCCAAAGCCAAUGGGACCCCCACUAAACUGGGCGUCGACCGCCCCAUAUACGCUGUCGACUUCACCGGCAGUAUUCCCGAAGGUACUACCAGUCUCCCCCAGCCGCUGAAGCCGAGGAAACUCCGGACCCGGCUGGCUAAAGCGACACCGAAAGUGAUCAAAGCCCGCCACCCGCUCGACGUCGCGUUGACCCGGCGCCCGAUCUACGUGUUCUACACGACGUUGACGGGGCUGUCGGAACGGGUGGCGAAGCAGAUGUUUGACACGUUGACGCUGAUGGCGCAGGAUAACGACGGCCCCUUACCAAAGCUUCUUUCCCUCGACGACGACGUCGACGAGCUCGAAGAGUACUUCCUCAAACUGCCGAAACACGCCAUCUACGUGUUGGUGCUCCCGCUGUACGAGACGGACCUGCCCAUCGACUACUUCCUCGAGCACUUGAAGGACGUGGCCCAGGACUUCCGUGUCGACAAGUACCCGCUCCGCCAGGUGCUGUUUGCCGUGUUGGGGCUCGGCGACCGCGAGCUGUGGGCGGACAAGUUCUGCUACCAGGCCCAGCUUGCCGAUAAGUGGAUGGGUAAGCUUGGGGCGCAGCGGCUAUUCCCGUUGGGCCAGGUGUGCUUAAAGAAUGACGGCGAGCCGGCGGCGCACCAGUGGCUGUUUAAGUUUGCCCAGAUGAUUCAGGAAAACGCCCCCGUGAUGGCACUGGUCGACAGCGACGACGACGACGGCGACGGCGCCGAAAACGGCGACGAAGACGGCGCCGACGUCGAGGACCUCCUCGCCACCGUCACCACCAAGGAGAUGGUGGCCAAAGACUCGCCCACGUUUAAGCUGCUUACGAAACAAGGGUACACCAUCGUCGGGCUGCACCUGGGGGUGAAGAUCUGCCGGUGGACGAAGCUGGCGUUGCGGGGGCGGGGGCUGUGCUACAAGUACGCCUUCUACGGGAUCCGCUCCCACUUGUGCAUGGAGACGACGCCGUCGUUGGCGUGUCUGAACAAGUGUGUGUUUUGCUGGCGCCACGGCACCAACCCGGUGGCGAAGCUGAACUGGCGAUGGACGGUGGACCCCCCCGACGAGGUGCUUGCCGGCGCCCUCGCCGGCCACUACGCCAAGAUCAAGCAGAUGCGCGGGGUGCCGGGGGUCCAGAUGGACCGGUUCGACGAGGCGUUCACCGUGCGCCACUGCGCCCUCCUGUUGGUCGGGGAGCCGAUCUUCUACCCCCACAUCAACGAGUUGACGGCGAUGCUCCACGCGAAACACAUCUCGCUGUUCUUGGUGUGCAACGCCCAGCACCCGGCCCAGUUGCGCGCGUUGCUGAGGGUGACCCAGCUCUACGUGCUGAUCGACGCCCUGACCAAGGAAGAACUCAAGCGCGUCGACCGCCCGCUCAACCUGGACUUCUGGGAGCGGCUCACCGAGUGCUUGGACAUCUUGCGCACGGCGCAGAGCCACCAGCGCACAGUGUUCCGCCUCACAUUGGUGAAAGGGUUCAACAUGGGCGACAUCGCCGGCUACGCCGACAUGGUCGAGCGGGCGCGCCCGUCGCAGAUCGAGGUAAAGGGCGCCACCUUCUGCGGGCUGUCGCAGGCCAACGGCAACCCGUUGACCAUGCAAAACAUCCCCUUUUGGGACGAGUGCCAGCGGUUCGUGCGCGACUUGGAAACCGAAUUGCAAAAGCGCCAGUUGCCCUACCAGUUGGCGGCGGUGCACGCCCACCUGUGCUGUGUGUUGCUCGCCGACACCAAGUUUAAGAUUGAUGGCCAAUGGCACACCCACAUCGACUACGCCAAGUUUUUUAAACUCCUAGAGCUGGGGGCGCCGUUUGUCGACACUGACUACGUCGCCCCCACGCCGCCGUGGGCGGUGUGGGGGCUGGCCGAGGGCGGCUUCAACCCCGAGGACACGCGGUUUGACCGCCAGGCGGAGAAGGCGAAGCGGCGCCAGCAGCGGGAACAGGCCCAGCAGCGGGCGGCGGCGGCGGCGGCGGCGAUGGCGUCGGCGUGA